AUGCUUCUCUCCACUUUGACGCCGAAGGUCCUGCAGCUCUGCAUCAGCACCAUCCUCAGCAUCCUCUCCACGGUUUGGUUCUGGACCAGAGGAGCCUGCAGGAGGAAGGUGGACCCCCUUCCGGAUAACAGUCCUCAAGACCCUAACGCGACCACCCCGACAAGCGUCAACUACCACUUCACGCGCAAAUGUAAUUACAAGUGCGGCUUUUGUUUCCACACCGCGAAAACCUCCUUCGUCCUCCCUCUGGAGGAGGCCAAGCGGGGUCUCCAACUUCUGAAGGACGCAGGAAUGGAAAAGAUCAACUUUUCUGGAGGGGAGCCCUUCUUGCACGAUAAGGGGGACUUCCUGGGGAAACUGGUCCAGUUCUGUAAAGUGGACCUGCAGCUCCCAAGUGUCAGCAUCGUGAGCAAUGGGAGCAUGAUCAGAGAAGGAUGGUUCCAGAAGUAUGGCAACUAUCUGGACAUCCUGGCCGUCUCUUGUGACAGUUUUGACGAAGAAACCAAUCAGCUGAUCGGCAGAGCUCAAGGCCGGAAGAGCCACAUCGAGAACCUGUACAAGAUCCGCGGCUGGUGCCAGCAGUACAAAGUGGCCUUUAAAAUCAACUCCGUCAUCAACACCUUCAACGUCCACGAGGACAUGACGGAGCAGAUCAACCAGCUCAACCCCGUCCGCUGGAAGGUGUUCCAGUGUCUGCUGAUUGACGGGGAGAACGCAGGAGAGGCCGCUCUGAGGGAGGCGGAGAGGUUCGUCAUCGAGGAGCAACAGUUUCAGGAGUUUCUGGACAGACACCGGGGCGUCCCCUGCCUCGUCCCCGAGUCGAAUGAAAAGAUGAGGAACUCCUACCUGAUUCUGGACGAGUAUAUGCGUUUCCUGGACUGUCGAGAGGGAAGGAAGGACCCGUCCAGAUCCAUCCUGGAUGUGGGGGUGAAGGAGGCCAUCCUGUUCAGCGGCUUUGAUGAAAAAAUGUUUCUAAAGAGGGGAGGGAAGUACGUGUGGAGCAAAGCCGACAUGAAGCUGGACUGGUGA